UCCAAAGCCACAAAAAGCGUCUGAUCAGUAGGUAGGCGCCCCAAGUUACUAUCAUGGAGCAAGCAACAUACUACCCCUACCUCUUCAUGUUCAUGGCUCUCGUCUUCCCACUCCUCAUCAAGCUCAAGAAACGUGCCGGCAAUAGCGUCAGGCUGCCGCCAGGCCCAUGGCAACUGCCGGUGAUCGGCAGCCUGCACCACCUCCUCGGCAAGCCGCUCGUCCACCGCGCAUUGGCCGACCUCGCCCGCAGGCUGGGCGCGCCGCCGCUCAUGUACCUCAAGCUCGGCGAGGUCCCCGUCGUGGUCGCCACCUCCCCCGACGCAGCCCACGAGAUCAUGCGGGCCCAGGACGUCACCUUCGCCACGCGGCCGUGGAGCACGACCAUGAAGAUCAUGAUGGCCGACGGGUACGGGCUAGGGUUCGCGCCCUACGGCGAGCAGUGGCGGCAGCUCCGGAAGAUCAGCGUCCUGGAGCUGCUCAGCGCCCGGCGCGUCCAGUCCUUCCGCCGCGUCCGGGAGGAGGAGGUCGCCCGCCUCGUCGCCGCCGUCGCGGCGACCCCGCCCGGGAAGCCGGCGAACCUGAGCGAGCGCGUCGCUGUGGCGAUCGCCGAUUCGACGGUGCGCGCCCUGAUCGGGGACAGGUUCGGGAGGCGGGAGGAGUUCCUGGAGACGAUCGAGGAGGAGAGCAAGCUCACCUCGGGGUUCAACCUCAGCGACCUGUUCCCGUCGUGGUCGUGGCUUGUGAACUUCGUCAGCGGCACGGCGCGGCGAUCGCAUGCGAUGCACAAGAAGAGCAUUGAGCUCAUGGAACAUGCAAUCGGGCAGCAUGAAGAGAUGAGGGCCACAAUGGCAGCAAACGGCAAGGUGGUGGAGGAGGACGAUCUCGUGGGCGUCCUCUUGAGAAUACAGAAGGAAGCUGGCCUCAGCGUGCCUCUCACCAACGGAACCAUCAAAGCUACCAUCUUUGAUCUGUUUGGCGCCGGAAGCAAGACGGCAGCAAUUACACUCCAAUGGGCCAUGUCGGAGCUCAUUAGGAGCCCGAAUGUGAUGAAGAAAGUGCAAGCCGAACUAAGAAACAUUCUUGAUGGAAAGCCAAAAGUGACCGAGGAUGAUUUGAGUGAGAUGAAGUACUUGAAGCUUGUUAUCAAGGAGACAUUAAGGUUGCAUCCACCUGCACCACUUCUUAUCCCAAGGGAGUCCAGGGAGUCGUGCAAGAUCCUCGGGUACGAUGUGCCAAAAGGGACCACGGUGCUUGUGAACGCGUGGGCGAUCGGCAGGGAUCCUAAAUAUUGGGAAGAUGCUGACGAGUUUAAGCCAGAGCGGUUUGAGUCUAGUGCAGUUGAUUUUAGGGGCAUGAACUUUGAGUACAUACCAUUUGGUGCCGAACGAAGGAUCUGCCCGGGCAUACUAUUUGCGCAGGCAAACAUGGAACUCGUUCUCGCUGCCCUAUUGUAUCACUUCGACUGGAAGGUUAAAUCUGGGUUGGAACCAAGUGAGUUGGACAUGACGGAGGAGAUGGGCCUCACCAUUCGGAGGAAGAACGACCUGCGCCUGUAUCCCAUUGUCCGUGUGCCGCCCCAGUUCACACAGUAGCUGCUACGACCAUCUCGGUACUUGCCUUCAGUUUAUCAAGUGAUCAUGGAUUUCUAUGCAGCUAUACCUACGAGGCUACAAGCUACAAGUAUGUGUAUGUUUAUGAUCUACAUUCUUAGAAAAGAAAAAACUUAUUUGUGUGUGUUACCUUCACUUUGGUGUGAUCCCAAUUAUGGGCUAUGUAAUAGUUGAAUGUACUGUGAGAAAUAAAGAGAAAACAUCAUAUAUCUAGCAUGUCGUAAA